AUGGAACACUCAGCACAGACGUUCCAGGUUAUCAUCGCUGGUGGUAGCCUGGUAGGCCUGACGACAGCACUGGCUUUAGAGAAGGCUGGAAUCUCUUACGUCCUGUUGGAGAAGCGUGAGAUCGCCCCGCAUUUGGGAGCAUCCAUUUCCAUUCACCCUCAUACCCAGCGGGUGAUGGAGCAGCUAGGGGUGUGGCCUGAGAUCGAGGCAGGAGUACUUCCACUUCAGGAUAGGCGACACUAUGAUGAGCACGGUGUCUUGUUUGAGGACUCUGCGAUACUGCGGGAGAUAUCCAAGAUGUGUCUCGACCGUAAUACCGCAUUUAUGGAACGUAAGUUCUGGCUGAGCUGCAUCUACAAUGCCAUCAAGGACAAGUCUCGCGUUCGCGCCAACUCUGGAGUGGCCUCGUUCGUCGAGUCCGCAGAAGGCGUAGAAGUGACGACGGAGAGCGGUGAGAUAAUCAAGGGGGAUAUCCUGAUAGGCGCCGACGGCGUUCAUAGCGCUAUGCGAGGUCUCCUAGCAGACAAAAUCGAAGGCACUGAUGCCGCUGCCGCGCAACAGAUGCGAGAAUGCUUUGAAAGCACCUAUCACGCCAUCUUUGCUACCUCAAGGAACAUCAACACAAAGGGAGAGCCAUUUCUUCCGGAGCGCAUGGUGCACAACGUCUACUACCAAGGCGCAUCUGGCGUCGCUGCCGCCGGCGUUCCUGGUCUCGUUUUUUGGUUUCUGUUCGUCAAAAGUGACUCAGUGACCAAGACCCCUAACACACCACGCUUCACCGAAGAGCAAACACUAGCCACAAUCGCCAAAUAUGGAGACCACGCCCUUGGCCCUGGAUACACCUAUAAGGACCUAUGGGAUAGCCGAGUCAAAGCAGAUAUGGUGGCGCUAGAAGAGGGAGUGCUUCAGACGAAAUGGAACUCCGGUGGCAGGGUUGUCCUGAUAGGAGACUCAGUGCACAAGGCGACAGUCAACCCGGGACUGGGUGGCAAUCUCGCAGUGGAGGGCGUUGUGCACUUUCUGAACGAGCUCGUACCGCUUCUCCGCAGAUGCGAGGAGGAUGGCAUGCGAAAGCCGACGAGUGCCGAGCUGGUAGCCACGUUCGACGAGUACGAGAAGAAACAGCGGCCACAUGCCGACUUCAUCGUGAGUGCGUCUGGCUACAUCACGCGCUACGAGGCUAUGGACACAUGGUAUCUCAGGGCUCUCCGUCGUGUCUCCCCUUGGGUCAGUGACAGCAUGAAGGCGAGUGGUUUUGUUCGAUAUAUAAAUGAGGGGCCAUGGUUUAAUUUCUUGCCUAACCCAGAUGGGGAGUUGAAAGCUGGUGAGGAGGGUCUGUGA